AUGGUAGCCAUCGGACAAACCAUCACGGUCGUCAACAAGUCGGGCAAGGUGGUAGGCACAUCGAAGCAUCUGGUCAACGUCUUCAAGGAAGCAAAGAGUGCAUAUAGUGAGCGUAAGGCGGAGAUCAAGGCCCAGAGAAAGAGUGAGCACGACAUCAAGGAGAAGGAACGCAAGGCACUCAGGGAGCUAGAAGCUCUGACUCUCGUGGACGACGAUGAUGGCCGCAGUUCACAAGCAAGUACAAGAAGAGGUAGUGAUAGUGGCAGGACCAUCAGGAGAAAGCCUGUCCCGGGAAAGUCGAGGGUGGGUAUGAAGCGUGGCGUUUCGGACAGCUUCURUGCGAACGAUCGUCCACAACGUCAUGAUUCCCACCGUCCGUCACCGCUCCGGAAUGGAUCUUCCGUAUCGCUGGGCGAAGAUGAGCCGCGCAUUGGUGAGCUCACGCGGAGACACACGGAGGGCACGCAAUUACGUCGUCAAAAAGAGAGCAAACGGCACGCCAGCAUGGACGAUAUCGACAUGGACUUGGCCUAUGGUGAUUACCUUCCUCAGCCUGGACCCGAGAGCAAACGCGAAGACGAGCUCGAAUUGCAGGAGAAGAUGAGCGGUCUUCAGCGCCUCCUAGACGAAGGCAAUUGCAUUCAACACUCCGUUACCGCCAUGAUCGAUAAUUUGCAAAAGAACCCUGACGCCCUUGCCGCUGUUGCCCUGACGCUCGCGGAGAUUUCCAAUCUGGUGGCGAAGAUGGGUCCGGGAGCUUUKAUGACCAUGAAGAGCUCGUUUCCCGUGAUUGUUGCACUGCUCGCUAGUCCUCAAUUCGCUAUCGCCGCCGGCGUUGGUGUUGGCGUUACGAUCAUCGCGUUUGGUGGCUACAAGAUUAUCAAGAAGAUCAAGGCUCGCGACGAGCUCCGUCUUUUGGAGAGCGGCGUCGAGUUACCAGUAGGCGAGGAAGGGUUUGUUGAGGAAAUGGACGAGCUUCGUGAAAUCGACCACAUUGAGAAAUGGCGUCGUGGGAUUGCUGACGAGCAGGCAAACUCGCUUGGAACCAGCGUCGAUGGCAUGUUUGUUACACCGCAGGCAACACGCACGCUUAUUGAAGAGGGCAAGCUCACUGAAGCUGACUUCAAGCCUGUCUCCACCAAAGAGGAGAAGAAGGCUCGAAAGAGGAAGACGAAGAGCGAGGUUAGUUCCAGGUCAACUCGGAGCAAAAGUAAGAGUGGCGAGGUGAAGGUUAAGAAAGAGCCUUCAGCUCUUCGCAUGCUCUUCAAGGGGAGCUCAUGA